AUGUCGGAGUUAAAUCCAGAGUCUCAACGAACGAAACCAAUCACUAUUACACUUUCUAAGUCUUCCGACUGGGAUAACUGGUUCCUUGCCAUCAAAGUAUACGCUAAACAGCAAGGGAUAUGGGAAUAUGUCGAUCCCGAGGUACUAGACCCUCCUGUCCUGAAGUAUCCAUCUAUCCCGGAUAUCUACGAUGCUAACUCAGGAGCUGUACCAUCCGGAACACUUGAUGAACGACAAAAACUCAGCAUCCGCUUUGUCGAAAGACAAUGGGAGCAUGAUUGCAAGAAAUAUGAAGAGAAAACUAAGGCGAUUAAGGCCCUAGGAAGUCAAAUUAUUGGAAGUCUCUUAAUCGACCUUAUGCAAUUUCUGGAAGGAGAUCACUCUCCGCACGUAAUACUUCUUCGCCUCAAGCGAAGAUUCGCUCCUGUUGAGAGAUCGAGAGAACUAGAUAUCCUGACUAGAUGGAAGAAUAUCUCCAAGACUCCGAAGACCUAUUAA